AUUAAGUUAACCUUUAAGGUUUUCAAUGGAACGAAACCACGAAAAAGGUUCCAAUAUCGCCGUGGUAUGCACUCAUACAAUUGAACAACAACUAACCCCAAAUCUAUAGAUCGAACCUUCUCAAAACCCUAAUUCCACCGCGAAAUUAUUUUCCUUCAACCAGAUCUCAAUCCCAUGGCCAAUAAAGAGUUCAAAGUCCCGCCGGUGGCUUUCCCCUCCGCCGGAAAUCCCGGCGGCUCGGCACCACACCUCCAGCAGCGGCGCAUGCCCGCGCCGCCGUUCCAACCGAACUCCGGCAUUCCAUUCAUGUCCUUCGACAUAGGAUCCGCCACGGCUUCCACCUCCUCUGGACCAAUCUACACCGGCCCCUCCGUGGGCGGCGGUGGCUCCGCCAACUUCGACGAUGAGGAGCCCCUUCUCGACGAGCUCGGGAUCCACCCGGACCAAAUCUGGAGCAAAAUUAGAUCUGUUCUGAACCCGUUUCGCGUCAACCACACGGUUCACAAAGACUCGGAUCUAUCAGGUCCAAUUCUCCUCUACAUGUCAUUUUGCCUCUUCCAAUUGCUGGCGGGAAAGAUCCAAUUUGGCGUGAUCCUGGGCUGGAUCGUUGUGUCUUCCAUUUUCCUUUACUUCGUUUUCAAUAUGCUAGCCGGUCGAACAGGUAAUCUCGACCUGCACACCUGCACCAGUGUCGUCGGUUACUGUAUGUUGCCGGUGGUUAUUUUCUCCGCGCUCUCGCUCUUUUUACCAGUCGACGGGGUCAUUCGCCUUUCGGUCGCUGCGAUUUUCGUGCUAUGGGCCACGAGGGCUUCCACGGGUCUCGUCGUUUCUCUCGCAGAUGGCGGGGAUGAACAUCGAGGAUUGAUUGCGUACGCGUCUUUCUUGAUUUACACUCUGUUUUCGUUGCUUGUCAUAUUCUAGGGAUGUCGAUGGCACUGAGAUUUUUGGAUCCUGUUCCCAUGGUUUUAGUUCUUCCUGCAUUAUGAACCUUGUAGUUUUUUGGUGCAGUCAUAUUAUGGUAUAGAAAAUGGAGUUAUUAGUUUGAUUUAAUGUCUGUGUUUGAAAAGUUUUUCCUAGGUUACAUGCGUGCGUGUUGUGAAGGCAUAUAUAUAAAUAUAUAUUUAAUUCAUUUUUUGUUCUGA